AGAUGUCUUCCGGUAGUUUUUUUGCUUCCUCUUUCCCUGAGAUUUGCGCUGUAGGCUACAUUCAUUCAGAGACAUGAGGCUGUUUUUCCUGUUGGCGGUGACCCUGGUGUCGCUGUGUGCCGUGCGGGGAGCGGAGAAGAAGAAGUUGCAGAUCGGCAUCAAGAAGCGCGUGGAGAACUGCCCCAUCAAGUCCCGCAAGGGCGACGUGCUCAACAUGCACUACACCGGUAAACUGGAGGACGGGACGGAGUUUGACAGCAGCAUCCCCAGGAACCAGCCGUUCACCUUCACACUGGGCACCGGACAGGUCAUCAAGGGCUGGGACCAGGGCCUGCUGGGGAUGUGUGAAGGAGAGAAGAGGAAGCUGGUCAUUCCCUCAGAGCUUGGCUAUGGGGACAGAGGAGCUCCACCUAAGAUCCCAGGUGGCGCCACACUGAUCUUUGAGGUGGAGCUGCUGAGCAUUGAGAGGAGGUCUGAUUUAUAAAGUGCUGCAGGUGUGAGGAGCUCCUCCCCUGUCAAGGUGCAGUCCAAUCAGAUCACUCUCCACCUGUUCCACCCGCCAGGUACGCACCCCACACCUGGCCAGGGCGCUGGAUAUGGCUACUCACCUGCAGGGGGCGCCCAUCAUUUCAGCACCAGUUUAGUCCUCAGCGGAGAGUGAUCUUUCCCACAACAAUAUGAUCAGUCAGCAUCAUGCAGACAGUGUGUGUGUGUGUGUGUGUGUGGAGUAAUUUGACAAAUACCCAACUGAAGAAUACUCGGCCACGGGGGGGAAUUCACUGUGCACCAUCAUCCUUUAUUUUUUUUAUUAUUAUUAUUUCUUAAACCACCUUAAUACACACACACAAAUAAUUUGGACUAAAUACAGCAUUGAGAUCAGAUUGACAAGGGUUCGUGUUCUUGUUCCUUUUGUUCGAAAAGUCUUAUAUUCCUACUGGAAUAAAUGUUUGAUUUACUAACCAG